UCUAAGAUCUUGCUUGAUCUGGUAUUUGUGGUGGCAUUCGAGUGAAAUUUCCACGACAGGUUGCGGCUCCAGCAGAUCACUGAGCAAGGACCAGAAGAAACAAUUGGUUGUUUCAUUUGUUUUUACUUCAUCAAGCUGCUGCAAUGAAUCACAGCAAUGCAGAAAUUAAGCCUUUUGAAUAUUCUUACUACGACUAUGACAGCUGGUACAACAAUGCAGAGCCAACCAAACCACCUAAAGAGGUGAUUUUACCAUGCAACCCCACAGCAGAUGACAAGCUCUUCCAUAUAUGCAUAUUGUCCAUAUCUCUAGUGAUUAUGUUAAUUUUAGCAGCUCUGACCAGGAAAAACAAGUUCUGUCAAGGAUUUGCAAGAGCAUCCUCCAGCAUCUUCAGUCCAGCCAACUUCCUUGACCAGACUCAGGAAAAGGGCGUAGUUGUGGCUGUUUUUGGGAUGAUUUUCAGCAAAAUUGCAAUGGUGGUGAUUGCUCCAGACCCUCUCCCUUUCUGUCAAGACACACCAGCAGGGAUCAAAGAGUACAUGAAGAUAGUUGCUAUUUUCUACUAUCCAGUCCUGUAUUAUCCUCUGCUUGUCUGUGGGACUCUGCAGCGCAAAUCAGGCUUUGUCUUUGGGACGCUCCUCUCUUUGAGUCAUUUUGGGGUUGUUGUGUGGCAGAAGUUUGACUGUCCAAAGACUCCAGAGAUCUAUAAAUACUAUAACCUCCUGGCAAGUCUUCCUCAUCUGGCCUGCCUGGCAUAUCUCUGUGUCAAGUUUCCUUUGCUGUUUUUCAAAGGGCCAGAGAAUGACGAGGACCUUUACAGCAGCUACUACACUGACUAUGUGAAGUUGCUUCUCAAGAAAAAGUCUUCUGAAAGUUCUUCUGCUGCAGACAAGUCAUCAUUGGCACAGAGAAUUCUGCAACUGCCUAAGAGUUAUAUUUACUUCUCUGAAAAAGUUUUUCGUUAUCCGCUAAAGCUGGCAAUAUCAGCGUUUGUCACCUGUGUCGCCAUGUAUCACAUGGCACUACUGCUGGUCGUUCUUGUCGUGCCCACUCUACACAUUGUUCGUGCAGGGAUUGAUGAAAACAUUGCCUUCUUGUUGCUGGGCUUUGGGAUUAUAUUGUCAGAUGACAGGAUGGAGGUCGUCAAAAUUGUGACUUUCUACACCUGGCUGCUGGAAGUGUGCUACAUCUGUGCAACAACCCUGUCUUGUCUGAUCAGCCUCUUGAUGCUCAUGAAGUCCAUGCUUCUUCACAGAUCAAAUUUGAAGUCCCUUUAUAAAGGAGAAAUAUACUACAUUAACAACAGCCAGAAGACGAUCCGACCUUCUUAUCCUGGUGUGGUGUGCUGGAUGGGUUUAACAGGAUACCAAGCUGCCGUUGUGUGUCUUGGAAUGGCUAUCCAGACUUUAGUGUUUUUCAUCUGUUUCUUGUUUCUAGUUUUUUUAAUCAUAGUCCCAAUUUUUUAUGGCCGCAAUAUCAUUGUUUUUGAAAUUGCGGGAAAGGCUUGGCCAGCCUGGGUCACCCUUAUUUUGGUUUCAGCUCUGCAACAUGUGACUUCAAAGUUUUUUUUUAUCAAAAAGGAAUCCGGUACCAGAGAUCUCAAUAACAGGGAGAGUCUGUUCCUACUGACAUACCUGAUGUUCGUGGUCAACAUCGUGGUGGGCCUUGUUGUUGUUAUAUGGAGAGUGGUGAUAACAGCUUUAUAUAACAUCAUUCAUCUUGCUCGAAUUGAUAUCAGUCUACUCCACCGCACAGCAGAAUCCUCUGAUCCAGCCUACAGUUACUACACCCACUUCCUGAACGUGGAGGUCAGUCAGUCCCACCCAGUGAUGAAGGCUUUCUGUGGGCUCCUUUUGGAUGUGAUGAUUGAGGGGGGUAGAGCUGGACAAAAACAAAGUGCAGAGGAAGGGAUUCACCAGAACAGUACCAAUAAGAAGACCAGGAGUCGGAGAAUUUGUUUUCGAUGGCAGCUACUGUACACCCUAGUGAACAACCCAUCACUCCUGGGAUCAAGAAAGCACUUUCAGACAUUGCAGAUGUCAGAGAAUGUCUUGAAUGGCACUCCUAAGCGCAGCUCCAGGAGAGAAAGCAAGAAGGAGGCAGAAGCUGCAUCUGAGGAGGCAGUCGAGUCCAUGAAAACGCAAUGAAUAAGAGCAUCCUCAUCAGAGUUCGCAAGGCUUUUCAGUACAUUUUCAGUUGAUCAAUAUUUCUCUUUUGUGGCAUUUGUCUUCAUGUGACUUUUGGUGUUUGAUUAGGAAAAAAAUUGUGUUUUAAUUGAAGAGGAAGCAAAGGUUAGACAGGUGAAACAAAAACACAGACUUUGAAACUUUAUGGAACAAAAUUGGAACAAAAAAAUUAAGAUACCCUCUUUGAUUUAAUUUCAGAAAAAAAUCACAGCAGUUGUUAAAAUAGUUCUUUCUUUUUUAAAUCAAUUGUAACUAAAUAUCAGAUGUUUGAGUUACUUAACUAAAUCAUUAAAAUAUAAAACAGGCAUAAACAAAUGAUGAAACCCCAGAUUUCGUUGUGCAAUCUUUGUAGCUGUGUUUUCAUCACACAAAUGUGCUAAACCUUAUCAAAAUUCUUGAAAUGUUGAAUCGCAAUCACACCGUUUCAAUUAAAUCAUUAUUAUGCAAAUAAACACAAACCAACUCACAUGAUAAGUCAUUCAAAAACAUGGCGACGGUUGGGAACAGGCAAUGAAACACUUUUUUGUAUUAAUUUCAGUCGCCAUUCUGUCAUAAGGCCCAUGAGGCUGGAGCCAUCGCGCUGGUUAUGCUAGCGGCCCCUUGGUGGCUGGCUGGACGGCAGACAGAGAGUCGCUGCUGGAUGAGGAGGCAAGCCUGCUAAGGACCAGCCGCCCAUGGGUCAGCAUAGCUGGAGCAAUCGAGCUCGUGGCGCCGGAUCCCAGCAUAGCAGCUCCUUAGGCAUGGCUAUGCCGGACACCGGAUGCUGGCUAGCUAGCAGUCAGAGAGCCCUUUGUAUUUUUGAGUUCCCUCAACCUGUGCCUACUUUCUCAAGGGAGCUCCUUCCGUGUUGUUCAACAGGAUUCGGAUCAGGCCUCAUAUAGGGCCUAAUUCAGAAAAGUCCAACGCUUUCCUUUUAGAUCUGUUGUGCUUAAUGACCCACCUGAAUCAUGUUUUUAGUUAUUCUCAAAGUUUUCCCAGUGGUCUUUUAAUCAUGAUUAUGCCUUUUUUAGCCUAAAUCAAGAGCCUUUGUCAUCUUCUAGGACAUAGUUUAUGCAGGAGUUCAUUAGCUUUUCACCUCUGAGUUGUGGGAGGGAAUGUUAGAAUCAGUGACGUGUCGUGAGGUUGAUGGCUGGUGAGGCACUGACUCCUCUGGAGUCAGAUUUACAGUUGCAAGAACUGAAUAUUUCACCUUUCAUCCAACAGCAGCUAACAGCUUAUAAAAUACACACAAGAACAUAUUUUUCCUACAGAGAAUGUUUAUUUUAUAGACAUGAAUAGAACACUCUUCUUGUGUAUAAAUUAUUUAUAUGUACUGUAAACAAAUUAAAGUAUACAGAUGUGUUAAGCACCCAUUUGACCUUCAGUAACUAUUUCUGGUAUUUUUCCAACUUCAAAUUCUGGUGCUUUAAUCAGUGUUAUCAAAUGUUGUCUG